AUGCAGCGGCCUCGCAACCGCCAGGGCCGCCCGACACAGCAGCAGACCGCCGACAGAGGGAGAGGUCGUGGUGGCCGAGGACGAGGCGGCCCCGGGCGCGGUGGCCGAUACAACUCCAAUGCCCCGUCCAGCGUCCCCAACACACAUCAGGUCGUCGCUGGCGCACACGUUUCCAUCGUCCUCAAAGUCGAUCAGCCCACUGGCCGCCAGGUGCAGGGAACCGUUGCGGAUGUGCUAACCAGCGGCAAUCACCCCCAUGGCAUCAAGGUGCGCCUUGUGGAUGGCCGCGUUGGUCGCGUGCAGCGCAUGGCCACCGAAAACGAGGCAAGAGCCGGGUCUGCCGGAUUGAGCAACCUGGGGAGGAACGGCGAAGCCAGUGGCGGCAUCCACCAGGGUGUGACAACUACCACGCAGCCACCCAGCUCGAGAUUCGACAUGAGGUACCGCGACAUACGGGAAGAGGAGGAGAUGGAGCGCCCGCCUGCUGGCUACAGCCUGGCCGAUUUGUUGCCGCCGGACCACCCCCUACAGGAGCAGCAUGACGUGCAUGAUGAACCGGCGGCCUUCAGCUCAGCGCCGCAGGUGGUGUGCCCGGUGUGUCAGGAUUUUGAAGGCGAUGAGAUGGCCGUGGCGCACCACGUCAAUUCCCAUUUUGACUGA